UAAAUAACUCCCUUUCUCAAGUUUCCAGAUUGUGUUGAAUUCUGCGAGGAAAUGGCCAACAACGGGAAGACGGUGAUUGUAGCGGCUCUGGAUGGAACCUUCCAGCGGAAAGCUUUUGGCAACAUUUUGAACCUGGUACCACUGGCGGAGAGCGUGGUGAAGCUGAGCGCUGUUUGCAUGAUUUGUUACCGAGAGGCUGCCUACACCAAGAGGCUGGGAGUCGAAAAGGAGGUCGAGGUGAUUGGAGGCAUGGACAUGUAUCGGGCCACUUGCAGGCGCUGUUAUUUUGAAGAAGGUAACUUGCCCGCCCAACAGGAUGACAAGGAAAAUGAGGUCUCUGCACGGCCAGUGAAGAACGGACACCUCUUGCCUUCAAAUUGUUCCCCCCUUGGGGACAUGGGCAAAUUGACAAGGAAACUCUUUGAAAACUUGCAGCCUUCUUCCGCGAUGGCCAGCCCCUGUUCCUGAAGGCUGCCUCGGGUGCCACAUUUGCUAUAGCUUGCCCUUUUACCUUCUGAAGUCUGGACAGUGGUGGAGGCUGCUUUAAUUUCUUUGUUUGUUAAUUGCUUCAGCUUCUACGUACUGGCGACGGAGUGACUGGGUCCAAAGCUCUCUGUUGCCAAUACAGCUUAAGCAAGCAGUGAGUAGAGACUGAAAAUCACCCUGUUCUCAAAGUAGUUGUGCAGCAAGAACUAAUUGUCAGCUUAUUAAUGAGGGGAAAAAUGCGGAUUAAGAAUCUCACGUUAAUUGUUACGCAGACUUCUUUUUCAAAGUGGUCACAUGGGGGAUUUGCAACAAAUAUCGGUGGUCAUAAAGUCAUUAAUAAAUCCUCAAGUCAAAAAUGCAUUUGAGGUUCCAUUGCUAGUGUGAUUGUAUUAAUUUGUGGUCGGCAAUUAUCAACUUUACAGCUAGCUAACACUCGAGACCAUUAAUGAUGCUGUAGAAUAGGGCUGAGAGGAGGAAGAAAACACUAUUUUCUAACUGGAGACACUGAUACUACGCACAGUUUGAGAUUUUAUAUUCAAACUGAAAAUAUUGAAAGCUAUGGCUUCAAAGGUCGUGAAUGUAUAAUCCUAAUUUGACAUGAGUGUGACUUCAGAAUCAACUGAAUGCCAGAGGUGUAGGUAGGCAGGAACAUGUGAAAAUGUUCUUGAGUUAAUUAAAAUUAAUUCC